AUAUAAAAAAUCUCCUGAUUUUUUAUUCGGGCGAAGAACGACUCAUAUUCUGGUGUCAACGGUAUGAAGAAAAGCUCUCUGAAAUCAUUGCGUCUUUGCUUACAUCCAAAUAUCCAAGUUCGUCUCCUAACAAAAGAAAACGACCAUCUAAGGGGACUUCCAUCACGAAUAGUUCUCCUUCUGCUGAUCAAGUAUUAAGUCAUCUGGAGCAUUAUAGAAGAAGUUGCAGGCAUGGUACUGGUACUGGACUUUACGUUCAUGAUAUGAUGCAAAGAGCCCUGCAAUCAGCAUAUUCUCACAGUAACGAGGGCACAAAGAAACAAUAUAGCGAUCUUUUUGCUCUGGCGGCUGAAGACGACACAACAGCUGUUGGCCGACGUGGAGGAAGUGGUCGUGGCCGGAAGCAAGUAGUCAAUAAAAAGGAUUCCAGCAAUCAUAGCUCGUCAAGUAAAAAGAAUACCAAAAUUGUUAAAACAAUAUAUUCCUCCGAUGAAAAUUCUAGCGAGGAGGAUUGGUCCAAACCUAAAAUGACGCAAGCGGCUAAGAGAAAAAAAAAAUAUAAAUGAUUCUGACUGACAAUUACAAUCUCAUUAUCUAAUGUGUUGUUGCGCCGAACAAAAUUAAUUAAAAACAGAACGGAUAUUCUUAAAAU